AUGAAAUUACAUAAGUUUGCUCUAGUUUCAACACUAAUUUCACUUAUUGCUUGUACUACGAAUAUUACAAGAGGCAAUUGCAUACAAGAUUUGUAUCAGAUUAAAGUUCAAACACAAUUUGAAAAUGGACCUUUUGGACCACUUACACCUAUUGGAGAGCAUACAAAGGGAUUUUGCAUCAAUUUUUUCCCUGAUGAAGAUCUUAUUGUAAUUGUUUAUGAAGCAUCAGAUAAUGGCAUUAGACCUGGUGCUAGAUUAGUAAUUGAAUCUAACGACAACCAAUUUCCUUCUUUAAUGUCUUUAGUAGCACCCAAUGAAAUUAAAAAUAAUGUUGCUAUAAUUGAAACAGUUGAUCCACUUACAGGAUUUGUUAAUUUUAGCAUUCAAAUUUUCAUUCCUGGAUCGGCUACAGAUGGAAAAAUAUACAUUAGAUUCCUUUCAACAGUUGACAUUAUUAAGACUGGAAGCACAACCUCCAAUGAAUAUACCCUUUCUAGUGAGUAUUUUGUAAAAAACAAUACUGAUAUAACUGUUAACGGUUAUCCAUUACGACCAGUGUGUACACCAUGCAAUACUGAAAUUUGGUUUCAUCAAGUUGUAAGAUACCUAAAUUGCGUCUUCCGUAAAAUAGGAUUGUCAAUACAUGAACUUAAGGGAUUAGCAAGGGCUUACAAAAGUGAACUUGUCAGAAAAAAUGAAUUAUGCUGUGCUAUUGUUAAUAGAGCUUGUUGUGCACUUAAAAGAAAAUGUAGAAAAGAAUCCGAAUCUUGUGAAUCUUAUGAAUCAUGCGAAUCUUACGAAUCAUGUGAAUCUGAAUAUAAAUGUAAAGUGGAAAAAGAAAAAGUAUGCGAACCACCAGUUUGUGCUAUAACCCCUAAAGUUGUUUAUAAAGCUGCAGCCAUUUGCGCUGUUUUCAAUAUAUUUUCCAAAGUUAAUUUUGCCGACGAAAAUUUCAAUCAAGCAGUCGAUUUUGUUCUCGACCUGUCAGUAGGCUUAAAAAUAGAUUUAGUUAAUGGAAUUUGUAACAAUCUUAUCAACGGAUGCAAUUAUGAUGAUAGCUAUAUUAACGAAUGUAAUGCUUACUGCCAAGAAUUAGAUAUUCCUGAAUUUGGAUGCGAUCAAUUGAAAUCCUGCUAUGGAGGUCGAAUUCCAGAUCAAGAUUGUGAUUAUAUAAAAGCAUUCUUUAAUUUAGAUUUAAGUGUAUCUGGUAGAAUUUCUAAAUGCGACAAAACUCCAGUAUUAAAGAAAUGUAAAAAGAUGCCAUUAAAAAAACCAAAGAAAACAAAAAAAAUUACCAAAGAUGAUUCAUCUUCAUCGGAUGAUGCACACGAAGAGAAAAAGAGUAGUGGAAUGGGACGUGUAGCCAUUGCUGUUGGUAUUGUAGCAGUUGUUAUUGUAUGCGCUGUAGGAGUUUCAUAUCUCAUUUGA